UGUGUGAACAUUUUGUAUUUGACUAAAGUAAGAUAUUUACUCUGGAUAAUUACCUGAUCGACGAAAACAUCACAACUGACAUAAAAUGUGUCCAGACAGAAUUUACUCUUACGGAGAUAGGACGACAUAAAACCAGAGGAUUUAAAUGAGAUUAAAUAAUAUAAACUUUUUACAAUUAAGAAAUUGAAACUGACAACAGACUGAUGGGCGGUACGGAGGCAAAUCGAGAAUCAAUAAUGCCUUCUGACUAUAGUUGCUGUCGUGUCAUUCUAAGAUGAUGAUUUGAAAUCUGUUGAAGAACCAAUACAAAUCAGAGAUUCCUUAUUCGAGUCGUGUCAGGUGUCGGUGUACAUGUAGCUACCAGGGAUGUGUACCACUCAAGAGUCUCGAACUAGAAUGAAACGCCUUUUCGGUUCUCAGUGCUGAGUAUUAUUAUCAUUAUUAUUGAUACUAUUUGCCACCGUUUGAACGGUAAUCAUGCAUAUCUUACUGGUUAAUUUCACACACAGUAUCAUUCUAUUCAGUUCUAAUUAUUCAUUCCUCUAAGCUUGUAUAACGGUUCCUACACGAGACAACCUAUUAUCUUCUCUUCUACUUGCAUUAACUGCAUAUUUUGUAAACACUAAUAUUACUAUAAAAACCAACACCAUCUUUUCAACCGAACCCAUUCCACACUAUCAGUUAUAUCGCUAUUAUUCAUAAGGUUAUGUAUCCGCAUUCGCUGCCUAGUUGAUGGAAAUGUUUACAGAUUUGAAACUGUUCGAACCGAAGGCAAAGUUGUUGAAAAAACAAUUGUUCACUUAAAUAUUUCUUAUUUGAAGUAUUCAAAGAGAAUUUCGAAAUUACGCAAAUCAAAUAUCUUUACACACAUCUCAAAUCCAUUAUGCUAAGAGAACUCAGUUGCGCAUAUAUCGUAUAUAUUUAGUUAUUCAUAAAGCACGUUUACAUUUGCCAUCAUUCGCAAACAUCACUUAAUAAUAUACUGACAACAAACAAAAUCACAGUGAUCUCCAAUCAGAAAUUUCGUUGUUACGAGCGUGUUAAUAUAAGAGUAUGCACAUUUAGACAGAAAGACAUCGUCAACGUUUUCGCAUCUCCUUCUGAUAUUCAUUGCAAUGAAUUUGAUCAUAUUUCUCAUCUGUCUAUGUCAUGUGAAUUCUGAGAUUAUCAAGAUUCCAUUGCACCCAGUGACUGGAAUCAGUUCAAUGCUGAAUCCAUAUCGGAAACUGUUCAGGGUAUUACAACGAAGUUGGGUGAAUUUAUUGAAUGGCGCAGAUACACCAACAUCAGAACUGCUAUAUAAUUAUGGCAAUAUUCAGUACUAUGGAGAAUUACUAGUGGGAACGCCACCACAAAAGUUACGUGUACUCUUCGAUACCGGAUCAACCGAAACUUGGCUCCCCUCAAGAAAAUGUUGGUUUCUCGACAUUCCAUGUUGGUUCAUUCGAUUCUACGACAGUUCAAAAUCAUCCACCUACCAGUCAAAUGGUACCAAAUUUAAUAUAAGUUACCUGAUUGGCAGUUACUCUGGAUUUUGGAGUAUGGAUACAAUGCAGAUAAACUCCUUAGUUAUUCGCAAUCAGGCAUUUGCUGAAGUGACAAAUGUGUUUUCCGAUGAUUUCUUUGGUAGUAAGUAUGAUGGAAUCAUUGGUAUGUCAAGAAGAAAUGUGUCAAGAUAUGGGAACACUCCAUUCUUCCCGAAUAUACUCUCUCAGUCAAAGGAUAUGGAUCCAGUAUUUUCUUUCUAUUUGAAUCGAAAGAACGGUCAUGUCGGUGGAGAGAUGGUGAUUGGUGGUGUCAACCCUGAAUAUUUUAUUGGAGAUUUCGAAAACUUGCCUGUCGUUUCUCAUAACCGUUGGUCUGUUAUAAUCAAAAGCAUGAAGAUAGGUGGAGCACAGUUUUGCCUUGGAACAUGCAUUGGUAUUAUAGAUACUGGAACGUCUUUGAUACUGGGACAUAGCAGAGCGGUGGAUGCGAUGAAUGAUCAUCUUGGUGCCAAAUGGAGUGGUGAUGGGGGUUAUUCACUCGACUGUAAUUACAUUCACAUGCUCCCUGCAAUUGAGUUUGUCUUCAGGAGGAAGACCUAUGUACUUAGCCCGAAGGAUUACGUGCUUAAGGAGGAAAACUGGUUGUAUACAGACUGUACAUCACCUUUUGCCAGCAAUGACAAAUUACCCUCUGGAUAUUGGGUUCUCGGCGAUGUAUUCAUGAGCAAGUUUUAUACUGUAUUCGAUUUCGGCGAGUCACAGAUAAGAUUAGCUGAUGUUGACGAUGACUAAACCCCACUGUACUGGAUCACAUGAAUCAUUG